GUGGAAAGAAGGUUAAACUUUUGCUGAAGAAGAAUUAUGUUUUCUAAAAUAGUGUGGAAAAUCCUGAUUUUUUCAGUGUCUUUUUAUUUUACAAAUUUCGGCUUUUCUCAGGGCAAGAAGGAUUUUAAGAAAUGCAAUCCAGGCAAACGAUUCAGUUACAAAAACGAAGCAGGACAAGUAAAGAUAUUGAUUUGCGCCGGAUUAAAAAACGGCGUCCCUGAAUGGCAAUACACUGAUGGUUCUUCAACACUGGGUGAGAAGUUCAACCCAGCCAGAGAUUGUCCAGAUAUUGUUGAUCAUUUGCCGGACGCAGAAGAUGGAUUUUAUUGGGUUUCGUUUGGCACUAAAUCAAAACAUAAGGUUUGGUGUGAUGUACAUACAGAUGAAGGAGGGUUUAUGUUGGUUGGAAUGAAGAACAGUCCUGUAUCUUGGACAGUACCAUCCAACUCUAUCCCUGUUGACCCUAAAGGACCCCCACAUUGGUCAAGCAAACUUGGAGAUAUUCAAAUACUGGAUUUUGGAGUCCAGUUUUCCUCAGACAAUUCUUUUGAAAGAACCAAAGCACACUGGUUUUAUCGUUUAAACCAAAAGCGUCAACUUGGAAAUAUUUUCUCAAAUGACGUAUCAAUUGGUUGUUCAAUAAAUAAUCCUGGAAUUGGGGGUAUCAAAUACAUCAAGGAUGUCCAAAGCGACUCCAUCACCACAACGAAUUUUAGAUGUUCCAUAUUUGGACCUCACACUCACAGUAGUUUGGGAUGGGCAAGAAUGAAUUAUUGUCUUCGUAAUACUUGCAAGAAAGGAUAUGGUGUAAUUCCUGGUCCUUUUUCAUUUCAAUAUACUCAAUAUGGAUCCUUUAGUUACAGCGCCGUAUCGGCUUUGACUGGUCUGGGACGUAAUUCCACAGCCUUCCUUGGAUGCGAUAACGGGAAAUGUUGCGGAUGUUUUGGUCCUAAAGGUGGAAGACAAGACUACUGUGGUCCUGGAUGUACUUCAAUCAAUGGUGGAACCGUAAUACAGAAUGUUUUUGUUUGGUUUUGGGUGAGAAACAGAAUGCCAGAAAGACUUUGGAAAAGGUGCAUGGAGUUCACCAUGAAGAAUUCAGCAGGCGUAUCUGAGAAAUAUUUUAUUGAUCCAAGAACUGGUACUGCACAUAAGGGUUCCUGUUCAGAGCAAUUUAAGACAUUUCUCAACGAGGGUACAUUGACUGUAGCUGACAAAAAAGGGUUUAAAAAGAUCCCAAACGUUCCUGGUCUUCUCUCAUAUCGUGAAGAUAAUCAACAACUUUAUGUUAAUAAUGGAUCAAAGUGGCAACCAUUAGAUAAUGAAGGAGAGGUUCGACAAUUACAGCAAGAAGUUAAAAGUCUAGAAACACAACUCAAAACUCAAGGGAACUUGAUAAAGAAGCUAGAAAAAGGUUUACAAAUUUAUCCUUCUUGUUCAAUAUUACGACAAACGAGGCCUACAGCCGAUAGUGGAACGUAUUUGGUGAGUCCCAUUCCAGGACUUUUAGUUUCAGUAUUUUGUGACAUGACUUCAAAGAAUGGUGUUGGUGUGACAGAGAUUGGACAUGACAGUGAAUCAAGGACACUUGUAAAAGGGUAUAAUUCUCCAGGCUCUUACCACAAAAACAUUAGAUAUGACAUUUCCAUGGAGCAGAUUGUCGCUAUAAUGAAGCAAUCCAAGAAUUGUGAGCAGUUUAUAAAAUAUGAAUGCUAUCAUAGCUUUAUCUGGCACAGCACCAAAAGGAUAUAUUAUAGUUGGUGGGUAUCUCGUCAAGGUUCAAAGAUGAAUUACUGGGGUGGAGCGGCAGUCGACAGUGGAAAAUGUGCCUGUGGAAUGACCAACAGCUGUGCAGGUGGAAAAAAAUGUAAUUGUGACAAGAAUGACAAGGCAUGGCGUGAAGACAGUGGAUACCUGACAGACAAGAACACACUUCCUGUUACUGAACUGAGAUUUGGAGAUACUGGCGGUAGUGCUGAGUCUGGUUAUCAUACACUGGGAAAAUUACGUUGCUGGGGGUAACAUAAAACCUGGUGUGAUUAAUAUGAUCUUUUUGAUCAAAGUUUUUAGAAAUUUCGUUAUAUAGGCAAUCGAAACUUUGAUCUCGUAAUUUCAUCAAUGUGAUUUAUAAACCAUAGUGUCAAUGCCAUCGUCAACAAUAAACAUAUUGCGUACUUUAUGCCAUUGUAAGACCAGGCAGACAUAGAAACAGCGACCUGGUUUCUUAAUGUACUAGUACUACUGUUAUUCAUCACGGACAAGGUUAGACGGAACAAGCUCUGAAUAAUGUUUUUGAGGUGCUAGACCUCUGGCGAAAUGGAGGUCUGAUGUUAUAGACUCAAUAUUAGACGUAAAUGGAAAGGUCUCAAACGAGGAAUUCGCUCAAUUCAGGUCGUUAACAUUAGUUUAUGCUUAUAAAAAGUUUAAUUUUUGAAAGUCAAAUACAGUUUUUAAUUUGAACUUGGCCUGGUUGUAUU